AUGAAGAUCACAGCGACGGGAGAUCUUCUGCUGAGCACAUUUUGGAUUCUUGUACUAUGUGAGGAAAUUGUCGGACCUACAACGAGCCCCAUCAACAGCACACCAGUUUUCACUGAUGAAUUUGAGAACAGGGGAACGGUAAAGAGGGUCCCGGCGGAUUCUCCGCGAAUGCCUCCGAGACAUAAUGUGCCCAGUGGAUAUGCCGGCGGAUACGCGAGCAUACCUCGAAGAGGUCACGCUCCAGUAGUUCAUGAAGACGCAGACAACCGUCUUAGAUAUUCUUCUAGCCAUAGAGACGCAGAAAACUGCGGAGUUACAAGAAAAUAUGCAAAGAAGAGUGAAAGAGUAUGCGAAUCACACGUCGGAAAACUUGGAGGAAAACAGCCGUUAUUCCUUGGCGAAGGUUGCGAAUCAUUUGGCCAUGCGGCUCAUGAGAUCGGUCAUGCGCUGGGACUGUUUCAUACACAGAACAGGCAUGAUCGCGAUAAAUAUAUUGAUGUGAUUGAGAAAAACAUAAAGGAAGUUUAUAAGCCGCAAUACGUAUUGAAGAAUACAGACGAGAACGACAACUACGGUCUACCAUACGACUACGGAAGCAUUAUGCAUUAUGGUUCUCCCUUGAUGAAACCAGUAAUGGUUCCAAAACAACAGAAUUACGCGCAAACUAUCGGUUCACCAAUGAUAUCGCUCAUUGAUCUUCAAAUAGUCAAUAAACUCUAUAAUUGCGAUGGGUUAAAAAAUGCGAACUGUCAGCCUCCUCCUGUAACUGGGAUUUUUGGCAAAUGUGGAGGAGAAUUAAAAGCUUCAAACGACUGGGAAGAAACGGUUUUAAUGUUUGCCGGCAAAGAAGAAUACUCCAUUUGCACCUAUUGGAUAACGGAGGCGUUGAGAUCAAAACGAACGAAUGAUCAAAGACUUACUGGCCCCAGGUUUUGCAAAGUUGACGGCGAUGGCAUCACUCUCAGGUCACAUCACCACAUCGUUCCUGUAAUUCUCUACUCUAAAAACAUGUUCCCAGGUGUUAUCGUGGAACUGCAUUACAAAUACGAUGAUUCGGUUGAAGUCGCACCUGUACAGCCGGAAACGUUCCCAUGCCGAGAUGUAGAAGAAAGUUGCAAAUUAUUGGAGCAAAUAAAAUUCUGCAACAACGAGAAAUUCUCUAAAAGACUGAAAUGGAGGAUUUGCCCGUUUGAACACUGA